AUGUUGAGAUCAUCGCUACGAGCAGCGGGUCCAACGUGCCGCUUCGGUGCUUCGUCCUCGUCGUUGAAGCCUCGCCUACUCUCCACCUCGGCGUCGCGUUUCUCUGAUACCACGAAUCUGCAGAAGCCCAUUGCUUUUGCGUUCGACAUUGACGGCGUGCUGAAAGCAGGUCCCAACGUGCUUCCGGAAGCCAAGAGGGCGCUUCAAAUCCUCGAAGGCAACAACCCACGAAACCAAAAGAUCCCCUACAUCUUCAUCACCAAUGGCGGAGGAAAGCACGAGUCGGCUCGUGCCAAGGAUCUCGCCAGAGAACUCGAGGUGCCUGUCACACAAGAUCAGGUGAUUCAAGCUCAUACAGUUAUGAAGUCUCUCGUGCCUCUGUACGGAAACAAGCCCAUUCUCAUGGUCGGAGGCCCAGAGACACCGCCGAACGCUGCCAGAGAAGUCAUGCAGAGCUACGGCUUUCAAAACGUCUACACCACUCUGGAUCUUCAUGCACAUGCCCCGGCUGCGUGGCCUUUCUCCACUGUGCAUCCCGAGCAACUGCCAUAUGUUCGACGCGACGACUUUUCCAAAGUCGAGUUCGCAGCCGUCCUUGUCUUCCACGACAGCAGAGAGUGGGGCAGAGACACACAAAUCAUCAUCGACAUCUUGAGAUCGCACAACGGUGUUUUUGGAACCGAGCACCCUCCGACCGAGCCUUUGCCGGACAAGCAGAUUCCCAUCUACUUUUCCCAUGGAGAUUUGCUCUGGGGCAACGACCAUAGUGUAGUACGAUUCGGACAAGGCGCCUUCCGACUUGCCAUCGAGAACGUCUACAAGCACACGACGGGACGCGAAAUGCAGUCGACCGUGUUUGGCAAACCUUACCGCAUCACGUACGACUACGCCAACGAGCUUCUGCGCCAACACCUCAUCAACAUUUCCUCCCCCACGUCCGCCACGGCAGAAGCGGCCAAGCUGGUCGGGCCGUCGGUGUGGAUGGUGGGCGACAACACCGAGAGCGACAUCAAGGGCGCUGUCGACUUUGGCUGGUCGUCGGCGCUCGUUCGCACGGGCGUGUACAAGGACCACAACGGACCGCCCAACUACACGCCGACGAUCUUGGUUGAUGAUGUAGAGCAGGCGGUGAUUCAGGCGAUUCAGAAGGAGUGGAAGCUUUGA